CAGGAUUUGCCUGUGCUGUCAGUACUUGUCCACAGUUCACCACGUGUGCUGCUUGUUCUGAGGUACCCCACUGCGGCUGGUGCGACUCGCAAAACAAGUGCAUGACAGGGACAGGAUUUGGACCAUCAGACAAAGACACUACUUGCCCUGAAUGGUUCUUCUACAGUUGCAUAAUUGUGAAAAAUUCCUCAGUUGAUGGAAAUAUCAUCAUCUCAUCCAACCCUUUCUCUUACCGAAUUCAAGUAAUUGACUGUGAUGAGACAUGUAUUGUCUCGACUGUGGCACACCGUGGUAACAGCAUUUCAACUCCAGGAAGUCAAGUGUUUUGUGAGCGCCGUAAACGAGCCUGUAGAAGCUUGUCUAACUGUUAUGAAAAGCGUUCAGAUUUAGCAUGUGCUAUGACCAACAAUGUUAUCUGUCGAGUCCAUUCUGAGUCACAAUGUCCAGGUGGUCUACCACAAUUUGAUGACCGACCCAUUGUUGGCCCAAAAAAUCAAUCAACUAUAAUAACAGAAGGAGGAAAUGAUGAUCCUGGAGAAAUUGUGAUCACUCCAGGAGAUGACAUUGAAAAGACAAGAAUAGAUUUCAAGUUUCACAUCUACUGUGCUACCUCUAAAGAUUUAUCUGAUUGGGAUGACUACGGCUGUUUCUGUGAUUCACCCCAGACUGCAAGCUUGGUAAUAGAAAGACAACCAGUUGAUGAAACAGACAAGUGCUGUAAGGAACAUGACAAAUGCUAUGUUGCUGCUCCGUCCAGUUGUGACUGUCACAAAGUACAAUCGUUUGCAUUCAAUGCAAGAUGUAACGACUGGAAGUUAGCUAAAGGAUUCUGUGAAGAUGUGUUUCUCACCAGUCAAAAUGAUGAAUGCAAACGUUACUGUUGCCAAUGUGAUUUCACUGGAGCUGAAUGUCUUGCACACAGAAGAAACACAAAGACAGACAAAGUGUGGCAUAAUUGGUUAGAUCCAACGAAAAGCCAAUGCAAUCAGAGGUGUGGAAAAGUUCCAGGAUGUGACUGCAAACCAGCCUGUUCUGGCAACGGAUUUAUUGAGAGUGUGGGACGUGAUUCGUUCUGUCUCUGCUUUCCUGGAUGGCAAGGACAAUGCUGUGACCAGCCUGACUGUUCCUGCCAUAAUUCUAAUUAUCAAGACUGUUCAGGAAAUGGUGUUUGUAGAGCAGCAAUAGCAGACAAUAAUCCAACCUGCUCUUGCAGCCAAGGCUGGAGAGGAUCUUGCUGCGAGAACAGAAUACCUGUGAGAAGGUCAGGAGACCCACAUCUAUCUACAGCUGAUGGACUUGAAUUUGAUUAUUUUGGAAUUGGAGAAUUCUGGGACUGCAGAAGCAAGGAGAAUGACUUUGGUGUACAGAUAAGAUUUUUUGGUUACAAAACAACGUCCUUCACUGGUGCAGUUGCUAUCAAGACAGGAAACACCACAACAACCAUCUACACACUCAACAACACCGCUGGACAAACCCACUUGCCCAAACUAAGGAUAAAUGAAACACUUUUGAAUGAUACUUGGGAUGAUUAUCCUACUGUCUACACCAUAGAUUCAGAUUAUGUGAAACUUUAUGUACAACCAACUAGAACCAAUGGCUCUAUAUUGCAGUAUCUCUUCCAAUUCAAUUCUGGUGCCACAUAUACAGUAGAUGUUCGAUACAGCGACAUGCUGGAAAGACAAUAUAUUGACACAGAAAUAGGACUAGUUGUAUCCUUCCUACAUCAGACAGAAGGUCUGUGUGGGUAUAUGGACAAUAGCAUGGACAACGAUUUGGUCACACCUGAUGGAAGACAGCUGACCAACACAACAGACUUUGCAGAAUCAUGGCGUGUUGACCUGAGUGCUACCAAAACAGAUGACAAUGUAUGGUCAUGGACAUACUCUAACUUUCAUCCAGAUGAUCCACUUGAUUCUGCAUACACAAAUCCCUAUCACAGAACUGUAUAUGGGACAGAACAGUUAGAUAGCACAAAAAGAAAAGAAGCGGAACGAGAGUGUGCUGCCCUUGUAUUGCAAGGAAAGCUUCUUAAUGAUUGCAUUCUGGAUAGAGCAUUGACUGGAGACAGCACAAUUAUACAGCAGCAAGCAUUCCAACAAGGAAAAUGUCCUAAUGAUUGCUCUAAUCGAGGCCAGUGCAGUAAUAGAUCAUGCAUUUGCAUAGACAGCUGGAUGGGUGAAGACUGCAGCCUAGGUGGCUGUAACAACUGUCCCACAAAUAGUCAGUGCAUUGAUGGAUUUUGCAAAUGCAAUUUUGGCUAUGUUGGGACAAAUUGCUCAAAAGCUACAUGUGAGAUGGUCAACAAUUGUACUAAUGCAACACAUGGGCUAUGCAAGGCUCCCGAUGUGUGUCAAUGUAACCCAGGCUACCUGGGUGAUGAUUGCAGUACACCAGCAUUAUGUACUCACAACUGUUCACAUCAAGGCACUUGUGUUGGAGAUAAUAAGUGUCUCUGCUAUUACGGAUGGGGAGGAAGCACUUGCAACGACAAAACAUGCGAGAACUUGGCAUACUGUUCUGGUCAUGGCUCUUGCCACUCAGAUGGAACUUGUCAGUGCAAUGCAGGCUGGCGUGGAAGUUCAUGUGAUCUGUUCAGUUGUGAUGGUGUCAGCGACUGUUAUGGUCAUGGAGACUGUGUUGAAGCAGACAAGUGUAGCUGCCAUGUUGGUUAUACAGGAGUAGCUUGCAACAUCUCUACUUCAUGUCCAUCCAAACGAAAUUGCAGUGACAAUGGUGUGUGUAUAAAUGCAAACACUUGUCUCUGUUUCUCUGGAUACUUUGGUGAUGAAUGUGAAACAUUCGAAUGCAGUCAGGGAUGCUCAGGUCGAGGCACUUGUGAAGCACCGGAUAUCUGCUCUUGUAUACUUGGCUGGACUGGAUCAGACUGCUCAGUACCGUCCUGUGAACAACUACACUAUUGCUCAGGUAAUGGCAAAUGUGUUGGUCCUGACACUUGUCAAUGUGACGAUGGAUGGGGUGGACUGCUGUGUAAUGAUUUUGACUGUAGUUCUGGCAACAGAAGUGGCAAUUGCUCUUUUAAUGGCAACUGUAGUAGACCAGGAGUUUGUGCUUGCAACUCUGGCUAUUGCGGAGACGACUGUCAAUACCCAAUCAUAAACGAGUGUGAGGGCCUGAGUAAUGGCACCAUGAUAUAUCCCUGUCAUCAAGUCUGCAUUGAUACUUGUGAAUCAUACAAGUGUACUUGCUCACCUGGCUAUAUCUUGAAUGAUGACCUUUCAACAUGUCAAGACAUCGAUGAGUGCAAUACAACUGCCUUUACCAUUCGUCUGAACAACUGUGCACAAAUGUGCUCAAAUAUUCCAGGAUCCUACUCCUGCAGCUGUAGUGCCGGUUACCAGCUUUCAAAUGAUCAAGGCUCUUGUGAUGAUGUAGAUGAAUGUGGCGUAAGUGACCAUUGCAGUCAGCAGUGCACAAACACAGUUGGCUCUUACAACUGCAGCUGCAGAAAUGGCUAUCGACUCAAUGAUGACCGAAUAACUUGUGAUGACAUCAACGAGUGCAAGGAAAAGAGUUCUGACUGCUCACACUUGUGUUUCAACACAAUUGGCUCAUUUGAAUGUGGCUGUACAUAUAAGAAGCUACUGGCAAAAGAUGGCAAAACCUGCAUAGACCCCCCAACUGCUUCUCCAAAAGAUUUCCUUGUUGGUGCAACACAAGCAAUAAUUUCAAACAUCUCUAGCGAAGAAUUUGAACGGCGUCAGUCACUAUUCUACCAAAACGUUACCCAAGAAGUGUGGAAUUAUUGUCAACUUCCUGCAAAUAAUCAAUGCGGCAAUUUCACUAAAGCCAAAACGGCCAACCUCUAUCUUCAAUUUGCGUCAACAGUCUCUUACAGUACCUCACUUGUGGUCACAUUCUAUGUUUUCUCCAUUGACGUUUCUACACAUGCGAUCUUCAUAAUUCCAGCUGAUCAAGUGGUUCUUGCUCUAGCUAACAGCACUGCACUACAAAAGGCUGGAUUUGAAGUAGUCAGAUUAGCUGUUGUAUUUCCACCUUCAACAGAAACACCUACAGAGAUUCCCGAAUCCAGUAACACCUCUAACACCAUUUUGAUUGGUGCUGUAGUUGGAAGUGUUGGUGGAAUAAUCUUACUUCUCUUUGUCAGUUAUUGCAUCUACUGCUGCUACAAGAAACAAGGAAAGGGAUUUCUUAUCUAAGAUCACAGGACAAGCUGACAUGGGUGGUUUAUGUGUCUUUCAAUUAAGUUGCCAGAGUUGACUGAUUGUCUCGCUUAUAUGCUGAAUAUGGAAACUGACUCAUUCAAUUUGUGACCUAAAUUUGUUGGUCUUGCAAUUAGUAUGCAAUAUGCAAAAUACAACACAAACUUAGUAGACUUGGUAAA